AACUAGGAAGGCGGAGCUUACCAUUGAAACAGGGUGUGGUUGUGAAACUAGUAAGGUUUGGUUUGUAGUAGUGUGCUGGGUUUUAAAUGGAUUUGAAUGACUUCACUCCUCUGCUCACUGUAGCUGGUCUCUGACCCCCCCCCCCCCCCCUUAUUUAUGGCAGAUGGAUUUAUUCUGAGAAUAUCUGUGCACUUCACACUGAGGAGUUUUGGAGGCUGCAGGGCUGCUGUGGGUGUCGCUUCUUUAUUUAUAUACAUAAUUUUUCUUUUGUGCACCUGUUUUGCUGUCAGUGGUGCUGCUGAUUCUUUGAGGUCCCUGGAUUGAGCUCCGGUGCCGCCCCCGGUGCUGUGGCCGUGCAGCUGCUGCCACAGACAGGAGAGAGCGUGCUGAGGACGUGCACUCAGCAGGGGUUUGUAAACCGCAGCGUGAGGAGUCAACAUGCUGCAAGAAGUCGUGUCAGAGGUUUUACGAUUCCAUAAUUAUCUUCAACAAAGAGCUGAUGCCAGGGUCAGAGACUACCCACUCAUGCAGAGCCCUGUACAGAUGACCACCAUCCUGGUUGCCUAUGUGGUUUUUGCCAUGUACAUUGGGCCUCGACUGAUGGUAAACCGUAAACCCUACAAUCUCAAAACGCCCAUGAUUAUCUACAACCUCAGCAUGGUUUUACUCAAUGCCUUCAUAGUUUACGAGUUCAUGAUGUCUGGAUGGGUGACGACCUUUACCUGGAGGUGUGACCUUAUUGACCUGUCGACCAGCCCACAGACUCUUAGGAUGAUUCGAGUGUCUUGGAUGUUUUAUUUUUCAAAAUACAUCGAACUUCUUGACACUAUAUUCUUUGUGCUGAGGAAGAAACAAAGUCAGAUCACAUUUCUCCACGUCUUCCAUCACUCCUUCAUGCCUUGGACUUGGUGGUGGGGGAUUACGCUGACUCCUGCUGGAGGAAUGGGCUCCUUUCAUGCCAUGGUGAAUGCAGCUGUGCACGUCAUCAUGUACUUCUACUAUGGAGUCUCAGCAGCAGGACCCCGCUUCCAGAAAUACCUAUGGUGGAAAAAGUACAUGACUGCCAUUCAGCUGAUUCAGUUCAUUCUGGUGUCCAUUCACAUCAGCCAGUACUACUUCAUGGAGAAGUGCGACUACCAGGUCCCGCUGUGGAUCCACCUGAUCUGGAUGUACGGUGUCUUCUUCUUCCUCCUCUUCUCCAACUUCUGGAUUCAAGCCUACGUAAAGGGGAAGCGGCUUCCGGUCACGGAGCACAUGCCGACACAGAACGGCUUGGACAGCGAAAGCAUUACUGUGGUGGCCAACGGCAAACACCUACACAAUGGGGUGGCACACCACUUUACCAACGGCAAAGCCCUCCUCAGCAAAGUAAAAGAAGUCUAACUGUGACUCUGGAAAUGUGAGGAAGCCGCCUUUGAAUUUGUCCUUCGUAUGUUGUCGUACAUUGAAAUUGCACAAAUUCUAGCCCUCCUGUGAUGUUGUGUGGGGGAGUUUUUUUGUUUGUUUUUGUUUUGGAUUUUUCCCCAAAUGCAAGUCUAGUCUUUCUUUGAGAACAUGCAAACAUCUUGGGAUGUGAAUGGCUUAUUGUGCCGGUGAUCUCUCUUCACCACACUGUGUUUGGACCCGUGUUGUGGACUGUGAUGCACGCUGCGUAACGAUUGGUGCUCAUUUGUCACACCUAGUAUUCUUGAGCUUGACCCACACAAGCUCAAUCUUACUGUACACUGCUGUUCAGGGUGGUGUAACCCUUCAUUAGUUUGGGAGUAUCGCACAAUUUCCACUCAAGACUAGCACAUGUAAAUACCUGCUACAGUGGUUCAAACCAAAGCUUUUGUCAAAUAGUUUCAUUUUUUAUUUAUUUGUCUUUUGCAAUAAAACAAAUUUUAGACAAAGAUCUGUGUUU